ACGUAGCAAGGAAUUUGUCCACAUAAACCUUUCAUAAACCCUCUCUUCUCCGAGAAGAAGAAGAAAAAAACGAACUAAAAGUUUGUAGGUUAUCAUCAGUACUUUAGAUAGUGACCAUUUUUUACUGCAUUGCUGGAAAUGAAAGAGGCUGAACAAGAAGUCCUUGGAAACUUUGGAACGUUAUACCACACGUCAUCUGGUGGACUGUUGGCUGGAAAGGAACAGUAGAAUUUUUCGAGGCUAAAGACGUAGAUAAUUGGCCUUCAACAGAGAUCCUUCUUUGAGAAUGGGUGGUGCUUCAUCGCAACUGGGGGAUGGACUAUCAAAAGAGAACACUUCAACAACCACAUCUUUGUCUCAACUUCCAAAAGAUGAAAAGUCAGCCCCCGCUACAGUCCCUGCAGAUUCAAAGCCAAAGAAGAAGAUCUGUUGUGCUUGUCCAGAGACUAAGAAGGUGAGAGAUGAAUGCAUUGUUGAACACGGUGAAUCAGCUUGUGAGAAAUGGAUCGAAGCUCAUCUUAAAUGCCUUCGAGCUGAAGGCUUCAACGUCUGAAACUGGUUACAGAACUAAUUCUCUAAAAAAAGAAGAAAGCUAAUAUACUUAUGUAGAAUGUCCAAUACAUGUUGUCAUUACGAAAAUUUAUUAGCUAUUUCUUACUGAUCAAAUAUACAAAAACAUUGUUUUUACAUAUUCAGAAUAAACAGGGCAUAGUUUUUUUUUAGAAACAAAUUGCUUUCGUUUUUAUAUCUUUCAUGUUGUAUAACAGUCUUUCGCUUUUACUGUUUUACUUGUAUCUCUUGUUAUCUCUGUCA